AUGACACAGAAACUGAGCAAAGAGGAGCUGGACAAACAGUUUGAGCUUUUUCUCAAAGAGUCCGUCUCCGAUGAUUCUGUUGAUUUGGGAAUUUUGGAAAACCCAUCAGGCGGCAGAAGCAAAAGUCCAAAAUUGGCUCCGAAGCCGACGGUGUCCUGGUUGGAAGACGACCUCGAUAAAGGCACCGUUGGGUCUGGAAAGAGUUUUCUCAAAUCUCUGCGUAAAACUCCAACCAUUCAAGAAGAAGAAAAGGAUUCCAGCGACAAAAGCCCAAGUCAGAAAGUCCAGAAUGAAGAUCGGUCUGAAAGUCGAGGCCUGUCCUCGGCUCUGGGUCUGGACACUCUGGAGGAGCAGCUGGAGAAGGAGCAGUUCUUCGCUGACCUCGAGGCCGGAGCGUCGUCCACCAUCGACUUUGCCAAACUCAACAGAGAGCUGGGGUCGACCUCCUCCACCUACGAACCAGGACUCGGAAUAUUUGAGGGGACGCUGGACAGAGCAGGCCAGAACAAAGACAGUCCCAGAGGGUCUGCAGACUCCCCACACUACAGUGAUGACUUUGAAGCAGAAGAUGAGAAGGAACAAAAACAGACGCCAAAGAUGUCUCCCAUCCUCGCCAAAGUGUCUCUGUUGGACUCUCUGGACGACACCAGAGAAGAGCCCAAGAAAAGCACAACAGACUCAAUGGACAAAGCUCAGAGCGGAGGGUCAGAGCUGGAGGCACUCACCAGACUCCUGCAGAUGCACGCACUGCAGGAUUCUGAGGGACUCGACCCCAUCCUCGGCUCCAGAGACCAGGACCUGGGUGUAGACCGGGACAGAGACCAUGACAGAGACCAGAGUCCUGCCCUUCCUGGCUCGGCUCCGCUCCACAGAGCUUCUACCCUGGAGUCCGAUUUGCCGACCGCGGAGGAGCUGAUGAAGCCGAUUCGACCUGAGGAUGAUUCUCUGACCAGCUUCAGGCUCCACCCGCUCAGCUCUGACACCAAAGAUCGGCUGCAGUUGUCUGAGGAUGCUCCCCUGAAGAGGCCGGCUCUCUCUGGGUGGACUGUGGACCUGCUCCCAGACCCAGACCUAGACCCUGCUCCGGUCCUGGAUAUUCCUCUUGCUCCUCCUGUGCUCCCAGAUCCUCCUCCUCCUCCUCCUCCUCUGGUCCCAGACCCGGUUCGUCCGGUGGCCCCAGAGCGAGUGUGGAGCGUGGCUGAGGAGCUGGAGCGGCUGAUGCAGGACCAGGAGAAACCCGCCCCAGCCUCCCGGACCAGCAGAGCCAAGAAGGUGUCGCUUUCCUCCGGCUCCUCUGUCAACAGAACCUUUCAGGCUCGAACCAGGGACACUAGGACCACAGCGGUGUCCCGGCCCUUGCCCACUGCCCUGGGACCAGCCUCAAGACCAGCUUCAGGCCUCCCCACAGGACCUGAGAGGAGCCAGCCUGAUGCUGGUGUGGAGAGCCGGGACCUGGUGGCUUCAGUCCAGUCUCUGGUCUCAGUGCUUCAGCAGCAAGUCACCUCCAAACACACAGAACCAGAACCACAGCUCUCUCCCCUCAGACAGUCGGAGGAGACGUCUGCGUUGGAGGCUCUGAAGUUCCAGCUGCUGCAGAAGGAGAAACUCAUUGAGAAACUGAAACUGGACUCAGAGGAAGUGCAGUCUCUCAAACAGCACAAUUACUUACUGCAGAGCAAGCUGCGCAGUGCAGAGGAGUCUCUUCAGAAGAACAAACUGACUGACGCCUCAGACUCCAAACAUCAGGAGAAACUGCAGACGAUCGAGAAGGAGAUGAAGGAGCAGGAGACACUAAUCCAGGGAUAUCAACAGGAGAACGAGCGCCUGUACCAGCAGAUGAAGGUCCUGCAGGCUCAGAGCAAGGCCAAUGAGGAGGUGAUGUUUGAGGAGAACCAGAGGCUGCUGAACCAGUUGUCCUCCACCAGAGAGCAGCUGGAGAAGGCGCAGAGACCCGUGUCGACGCUGUGCUCCAUGGACCACAGCCAGAGGAUCUCUCAGCUGCUGGCUCAGCUCCACACGCUGCAGAAGAGCGAUCUGCGGCUGAGAGAGGAGAUCCAGAGGCUGAAUCAGGAAAAACAGGCUGCAGAGCAGCAGCAUCAGGAGGAGGUCUCGGAGCUGAAGAGGAGGUUAAAAUGGUUUGCUGAAAACCAGCAACUGUUGGACCGAGACGCCUCAAGACUACGGGCGGCCACCGCGGAGACUCUGCAGCUCAAAGAACAGGUGGAGAAGCUGAAGGUAGAGGUGGGAAAACGAGAGCAGCAGAAGAAGAGCAGAGAGCGCUCAGCAGACGGCAGGAAGAUCCAGGCUCUGGAGAAGCAGGUGAAGGAGUUGGAGCAGAUCUUGCGCAGCAGGAACCCAAACUCUCUUCCUGCGCUGAUCUUUGCUGCAGCCAGUGCCCCGGAGCACCCGGAGGCUCCACCCCAGACCUCCUGCUCCUCCUCAGGGCCCAGCCGAGUCUCUGCUCUGCUGGAGAGACGAGCUGAGAGGCUGGAGGCUGAGUUGGAAGCCCGGGACCACGAGGCAAAACGGAGCAUACGCGCCCUGGAGCAGCAGUUCCAGGCCAUCAGGAUGCGUUACGAGCAGCAAAUCUCUGAGUUGGAGCAGCAGCUGGAGCAGAGACCUCUGGAACCACCAGGGGCAGAUCCAGGUCCAGGUCUGGGUUCAGACUUGGUCCAGCGUUCAGACUUGAUCACUGGUCUGAGAGAGGAGCUGAGGAGGGAGAGGGAGGCGCACAGAGAGAAGGAGACAAGUCUUCAGAAGCAGCUGAGUGACCUGCAGCAGCAGCUCAAACGCAAGUCUCACUCUAGUCCCAGUCGGCACGAGCGUCAGGCUGAGGCCGCGUUCGGACUCCGCAUCGAGCGUCUGAACCAGGAGCUGACCACAAAGUCCCGGACCAUCCAGGACCUGAUCCGGACCGUGGAGCGGCUGCAGAGGGAGCAGAGGGGGCUGCUGUCCGUGCCCAGAGGAGAGGGGAGGGAGGGGAGGGAGGGGAGGAGGCAGGCUGCAAUGCACAGAACUGCCCCGGAGUCAGACGCGGCCACAGAAGUCUUCCCAGCUCUGAGCGACAAGAGCUACCAGCCCACAGAGUUCACCGACAGUCAUAUCACAGAGGUGCAGCAGGAGAACUCUGCUCUGAGGCUGAAGUUGCAGCAGAUGCAGACAGACGCAGAGAGAGAGCGAGAGGAGCUGAGGACGGCGCUGACCCAGAGCCAGCAGCAGCUCCACACGCUGCAGGAGGCUCACUCUCAGCAGCUGUCCUCGCUGCAGGCUCAGAGCCUCAGGGACCAGGCCCAGCUCCGCUCCAGCUUCGCUCUGGAACAUUCUUCAUCUGCAGUCGCACAACUGUCCAACCAGCUCAACACACAACAGGUGAUGGUGCAGCAGCUCCAGCAGCAGCUCUCUGAGGCGCAGAGCUGCAGACGAGAGCUGAGCGUGAGUCGAGCCAGAGAGGAGGCUCUGCAGACACAGCUCUCCCGCUGUCUCCUGGACCUGAAAGCGGCUCGCGAGGCCCAGACCCCGGAGGGGAAGCUGCUCUGGAGCCUGGAGCAGAAGGUGACGAGUCUGGAGACGAGACAAGAGCAGCGGGACCGCGAGCUGCAGCAGGUGAUGGCCGCCUCUCUCCCCGUGGGCACAGACCUCCAGUCCGAGCUGCAGCGGUGGAAACGUUUGGCCCAGAACAAAACUGAGGAUCUGCAGACGUUCAGACUGGAGCUGGACUCGAUCCUGGACAUCAUAAGACACCUGCAGAGACAAGGGGUCCUCCUCUCCGCUCCGGGUCCACGGCCACAGACCACACAGGCCAUCUGA